CAUCUAUAAUUGUGGUGGUUCAUGGCUUUUAAUAGGACUCCAAGGCAUCCAACCUAUUGAAUUGCUCUCUCUGUGUUCUCCAUUGAAGCGCACUCAACGUUCUCCAUUGAAGCGCAGUCGACGUUCUCCGUUGAAGCCUUCUAAUUCUUGUAUUCCCCAUUGAAGCAGCUUCUGAGUUGUUAUAUGUUAGACGUGUAUCGAUCAGAUCAAGCGAUAUGGGUGACUACAUAAGUGAAUUGCCGGAUGAUGUUGUAAGCUACAUAUUGUCUUUUUUAACUUUGCGAGAUGCUGUUAGAGCAAGGUUAUUGUCACGUAGGUGGAGAUAUCUCCCUUAUUGUCGUACUGUUCUUCGGCUUGAUGCUCUUAAUGUUUUUGGAAACGAAGGAUAUAACCGUGUUUCUCAUCGAUCCAAGUUUGUGAGACUUGUUGAUCAGUUCCUGGACACAUUGAGAGAUCAAACUUUGAGGGUGCUUGUGCUCCAUUUUGGCCUUGAUAAUGAAUAUUCUUCCCAUAUUGACAGCUGGAUUCUACGUGCUGUUACAAUGGGAAUUAAGGAGUUGGACCUAGGUAUCCAAAAUUAUGUUUUCUCUUGUUAUCUGUUGUGCCCUUGGAUGGCAUCUUCUUUGACGUGUUUACGUUUAUCAGGUUGUCAACUUAACCUUUCUUCUUGUUGUACAAGUUGGAUUAGUCAUUUAACGACCCUUCAUAUGUUUGGGGUACGUAUGAAUCAUAAUGACAUGGUGUUUAUUUUGUCUAGUGCUUUGAAUCUCACAUCACUUAGCUUAGAACACUGUUGCUAUCCAAGAAUCAAGUGCCUAAAAGUUGAACUCCUUGGUUUGAAGAAACUUUUAAUUGAUGAUAUUUCAUUAGACAUCAAGCUCAAUUGUCCUAAUCUUGAGGUUUUCGAAUGUAUUGGUCCACUGAGUAAUCUUACACUUGCUCAUCUCCCUUUUCUGAGACAAGCGAAAGUGUUUCCCAUUGGUCGUCGUGAUGGCGGCUCAUCGAUUAUUGCAGAGCUCAUCAGAUUUGCUCCCCAUCUUAAAGCAUUAUCCUUUUUUGUCAGGCCUUUAGUGAUACAACCACUUCCAUUAACAGCAAGAAUAAGUAAAUCUUGCUUAAAGCAGCUUGAUCUAGUAAUGCUAGUUCCAUAUGGUUUUGACCUCUUCGGCAUCACUUAUUUUAUAAACGCGUGUCCAUCUCUUGAGAUAUUACGUUUGAAGCUGCGUCCUCUAACUUUCACCAGGCAGAGCCCACAGAAAGAAUAUCCAGAUUGCCAACAUCAGUUGAAAGAAGUCGAGAUUGAUACAUACUCUCAGAAGUAUAAUUUGGUCGAGCUUGUACUAUAUUUGCUUAGAAAUGCUGUCGCACUUGAGAAAAUGGUCAUUGCGUGUUCAGAUAAAGAAAAGCUCACCACCCUGCUGCAAAAUGUAAAUUCUAGUGCAGAGCUGAUCAUCCAACAUACCCAAUACAGGAAACUGUUGCAAUAGGUUCUUCAAAAUGGGAACCGGAACCGGAACCUCUUUGAACAAGUUCCUAGAAAUUGGGAACUGGAACUUAUAGGUUUCGGUUCCGAUUCAAGGUACCCUGUCUUUUAAUAAUAUUUUGCAAAUUUUUUUGUAAAAAACUAGAUGGUCACUGAUUUAUAAUAUUUACAAUUAGCAAAUAAAACAAAAUAAUAGUAGUUGUUUAGCAAAUUUAAUACAUAUAUCUAUAAUUGUUA